AUGCGUAACUUGGACACUGCCGAGCCUGACCAAGCCAGCUCCGCUCCGGCUGACCACCUUGCCGACCCUGUUGGCUUUUCGGUCGGAUCUGAUGACGCCCCGGCGGACGAUGCCUCUUCUGCCGAUGCUGAUCCUGCCGAUGCUGACGUGGGUAGCGACCCAAUGCGUAACUUGGACACUGCCGAGCCUGACCAAGCCAGCUCCGCUCCGGCUGACCACCUUGCCGACCCUGUUGGCUUUUCGGUCGGAUCUGAUGACGCCCCGGCGGACGAUGCCUCUUCUGCCGAUGCUGAUCCUGCCGAUGCUGACGUGGGUAGCGACCCAAUGCGUAACUUGGACACUGCCGAGCCUGACCAAGCCAGCUCCGCUCCGGCUGACCACCUUGCCGACCCUGUUGGCUUUUCGGUCGGAUCUGAUGACGCCCCGGCGGACGAUGCCUCUUCUGCCGAUGCUGAUCCUGCCGAUGCUGACGUGGGUAGCGACCCAAUGCGUAACUUGGACACUGCCGGGCCUGACCAAGCCAGCCCCGCUCCAGCUGACCACCUCGCCGACCCUGUUGGCUGUUCGGUCGGAUCUGAUGACGCCCCGGCGGACGAUGCCUCUUCUGCCGAUGCUGAUACUGCCGAUGCUGACGUGGGUAGCGACCCAAUGCGUAACUUGGACACUGCCGAGCCUGACCAAGCCAGCUCCGCUCCGGCUGACCACCUUGCCGACCCUGUUGGCUUUUCGGUCGGAUCUGAUGACGCCCCGGCGGACGAUGCCUCUUCUGCUGAUGCUGAUCCUGCCGAUGCUGACGUGGGUAGCGACCCAAUGCGUAACUUGGACACUGCCGAGCCUGACCAAGCCAGCUCCGCUCCGGCUGACCACCUUGCCGACCCUGUUGGCUUUUCGGUCGGAUCUGAUGACGCCCCGGCGGACGAUGCCUCUUCUGCGAUGCUGAUCCUGCCGAUGCUGACGUGGGUAGCGACCCAAUGCGUAACUUGGACACUGCCGAGCCUGACCAAGCCAGCUCCGCUCCGGCUGACCACCUCGCCGACCCUGUUGGCUUUUCGGUCGGAUCUGAUGACGCCCCGGCGGACGAUGCCUCUUCUGCCGAUGCUGAUCCUGCCGAUGCUGACGUGGGUAGCGACCCAAUGCGUAACUUGGACACUGCCGAGCCUGACCAAGCCAGCUCCCGCUCCGGCUGACCACCUUGCCGACCCUGUUGGCUUUUCGGUCGGAUCUGAUGACGCCCCGGCGGACGAUGCCUCUUCUGCCGAUGCUGAUCCUGCCGAUGCUGACGUGGGUAGCGACCCAAUGCGUAACUUGGACACUGCCGAGCCUGACCAAGCCAGCUCCGCUCCGGCUGACCACCUUGCCGACCCUGUUGGCUUUUCGGUCGGAUCUGAUGACGCCCCGGCGGACGAUGCCUCUUCUGCCGAUGCUGAUCCUGCCGAUGCUGACGUGGGUAGCGACCCAAUGCGUAACUUGGACACUGCCGAGCCUGACCAAGCCAGCUCCGCUCCGGCUGACCACCUUGCCGACCCUGUUGGCUUUUCGGUCGGAUCUGAUGACGCCCCGGCGGACGAUGCUGAUACUGCCGAUGCUGACGUGGGUAGCGACCCAAUGCGUAACUUGGACACUGCCGAGCCUGACCAAGCCAGCCCCGCUCCAGCUGACCACCUCGCCGACCCUGUUGGCUGUUCGGUCGGAUCUGAUGACGCCCCGGCGGACGAUGCCUCUUCUGCCGAUGCUGAUCCUGCCGAUGCUGACGUGGGUAGCGACCCAAUGCGUAACUUGGACACUGCCGAGCCUGACCAAGCCAGCCCCGCUCCAGCUGACCACCUCGCCGACCCUGUUGGCUUUUCGGUCGGAUCUGAUGACGCCCCGGCGGACGAUGCCUCUUCUGCCGAUGCUGAUACUGCCGAUGCUGACGUGGGUAGCGACCCAAUGCGUAACUUGGACACUGCCGAGCCUGACCAAGCCAGCUCCGCUCCGGCUGACCACCUUGCCGACCCUGUUGGCUUUUCGGUCGGAUCUGAUGACGCCCCGGCGGACGAUGCCUCUUCUGCCGAUGCUGAUACUGCCGAUGCUGACGUGGGUAGCGACCCAAUGCGUAACUUGGACACUGCCGAGCCUGACCAAGCCAGCUCCGCUCCGGCUGACCACCUUGCCGACCCUGUUGGCUUUUCGGUCGGAUCUGAUGACGCCCCGGCGGACGAUGCCUCUUCUGCCGAUGCUGAUCCUGCCGAUGCUGACGUGGGUAGCGACCCAAUGCGUAACUUGGACACUGCCGGGCCUGACCAAGCCAGCCCCGCUCCAGCUGACCACCUCGCCGACCCUGUUGGCUGUUCGGUCGGAUCUGAUGACGCCCCGGCGGACGAUGCCUCUUCUGCCGAUGCUGAUACUGCCGAUGCUGACGUGGGUAGCGACCCAAUGCGUAACUUGGACACUGCCGAGCCUGACCAAGCCAGCUCCGCUCCGGCUGACCACCUUGCCGACCCUGUUGGCUUUUCGGUCGGAUCUGAUGACGCCCCGGCGGACGAUGCCUCUUCUGCUGAUGCUGAUCCUGCCGAUGCUGACGUGGGUAGCGACCCAAUGCGUAACUUGGACACUGCCGAGCCUGACCAAGCCAGCUCCGCUCCGGCUGACCACCUUGCCGACCCUGUUGGCUUUUCGGUCGGAUCUGAUGACGCCCCGGCGGACGAUGCCUCUUCUGCCGAUGCUGACGUGGGUAGCGACCCAAUGCGUAACUUGGACACUGCCGGGCCUGACCAAGCCAGCCCCGCUCCAGCUGACCACCUCGCCGACCCUGUUGGCUUUUCGGUCGGAUCUGAUGACGCCCCGGCGGACGAUGCCUCUUCUGCCGAUGCUGAUACUGCCGAUGCUGACGUGGGUAGCGACCCAAUGCGUAACUUGGACACUGCCGAGCCUGACCAAGCCAGCUCCGCUCCGGCUGACCACCUUGCCGACCCUGUUGGCUUUUCGGUCGGAUCUGAUGACGCCCCGGCGGACGAUGCCUCUUCUGCUGAUGCUGAUCCUGCCGAUGCUGACGUGGGUAGCGACCCAAUGCGUAACUUGGACACUGCCGGGCCUGACCAAGCCAGCCCCGCUCCAGCUGACCACCUCGCCGACCCUGUUGGCUUUUCGGUCGGAUCUGAUGACGCCCCGGCGGACGAUGCCUCUUCUGCCGAUGCUGAUACUGCCGAUGCUGACGUGGGUAGCGACCCAAUGCGUAACUUGGACACUGCCGAGCCUGACCAAGCCAGCUCCGCUCCGGCUGACCACCUUGCCGACCCUGUUGGCUGUUCGGUCGGAUCUGAUGACGCCCCGGCGGACGAUGCCUCUUCUGCCGAUGCUGAUCCUGCCGAUGCUGACGUGGGUAGCGACCCAAUGCGUAACUUGGACACUGCCGAGCCUGACCAAGCCAGCUCCGCUCCGGCUGACCACCUUGCCGACCCUGUUGGCUUUUCGGUCGGAUCUGAUGACGCCCCGGCGGACGAUGCCUCUUCUGCCGAUGCUGAUCCUGCCGAUGCUGACGUGGGUAGCGACCCAAUGCGUAACUUGGACACUGCCGAGCCUGACCAAGCCAGCUCCGCUCCGGCUGACCACCUUGCCGACCCUGUUGGCUUUUCGGUCGGAUCUGAUGACGCCCCGGCGGACGAUGCCUCUUCUGCCGAUGCUGAUCCUGCCGAUGCUGACGUGGGUAGCGACCCAAUGCGUAACUUGGACACUGCCGAGCCUGACCAAGCCAGCUCCGCUCCGGCUGACCACCUUGCCGACCCUGUUGGCUUUUCGGUCGGAUCUGAUGACGCCCCGGCGGACGAUGCCUCUUCUGCCGAUGCUGAUCCUGCCGAUGCUGACGUGGGUAGCGACCCAAUGCGUAACUUGGACACUGCCGAGCCUGACCAAGCCAGCUCCGCUCCGGCUGACCACCUUGCCGACCCUGUUGGCUGUUCGGUCGGAUCUGAUGACGCCCCGGCGGACGAUGCCUCUUCUGCCGAUGCUGAUCCUGCCGAUGCUGACGUGGGUAGCGACCCAAUGCGUAACUUGGACACUGCCGAGCCUGACCAAGCCAGCUCCGCUCCGGCUGACCACCUUGCCGACCCUGUUGGCUUUUCGGUCGGAUCUGAUGACGCCCCGGCGGACGAUGCCUCUUCUGCCGAUGCUGAUCCUGCCGAUGCUGACGUGGGUAGCGACCCAAUGCGUAACUUGGACACUGCCGAGCCUGACCAAGCCAGCUCCGCUCCGGCUGACCACCUUGCCGACCCUGUUGGCUGUUCGGUCGGAUCUGAUGACGCCCCGGCGGACGAUGCCUCUUCUGCCGAUGCUGAUCCUGCCGAUGCUGACGUGGGUAGCGACCCAAUGCGUAACUUGGACACUGCCGAGCCUGACCAAGCCAGCUCCGCUCCGGCUGACCACCUUGCCGACCCUGUUGGCUUUUCGGUCGGAUCUGAUGACGCCCCGGCGGACGAUGCCUCUUCUGCCGAUGCUGAUCCUGCCGAUGCUGACGUGGGUAGCGACCCAAUGCGUAACUUGGACACUGCCGAGCCUGACCAAGCCAGCUCCGCUCCGGCUGACCACCUUGCCGACCCUGUUGGCUGUUCGGUCGGAUCUGAUGACGCCCCGGCGGACGAUGCCUCUUCUGCCGAUGCUGAUCCUGCCGAUGCUGACGUGGGUAGCGACCCAAUGCGUAACUUGGACACUGCCGAGCCUGACCAAGCCAGCUCCGCUCCGGCUGACCACCUUGCCGACCCUGUUGGCUUUUCGGUCGGAUCUGAUGACGCCCCGGCGGACGAUGCCUCUUCUGCCGAUGCUGAUACUGCCGAUACUGACGUGGGUAGCGACCCAAUGCGUAACUUGGACACUGCCGAGCCUGACCAAGCCAGCUCCGCUCCGGCUGACCACCUUGCCGACCCUGUUGGCUGUUCGGUCGGAUCUGAUGACGCCCCGGCGGACGAUGCCUCUUCUGCCGAUGCUGAUCCUGCCGAUGCUGACGUGGGUAGCGACCCAAUGCGUAACUUGGACACUGCCGAGCCUGACCAAGCCAGCUCCGCUCCGGCUGACCACCUUGCCGACCCUGUUGGCUUUUCGGUCGGAUCUGAUGACGCCCCGGCGGACGAUGCCUCUUCUGCCGAUGCUGAUACUGCCGAUGCUGACGUGGGUAGCGACCCAAUGCGUAACUUGGACACUGCCGAGCCUGACCAAGCCAGCUCCGCUCCGGCUGACCACCUUGCCGACCCUGUUGGCUUUUCGGUCGGAUCUGAUGACGCCCCGGCGGACGAUGCCUCUUCUGCCGAUGCUGAUCCUGCCGAUGCUGACGUGGGUAGCGACCCAAUGCGUAACUUGGACACUGCCGAGCCUGACCAAGCCAGCUCCGCUCCGGCUGACCACCUCGCCGACCCUGUUGGCUGUUCGGUCGGAUCUGAUGACGCCCCGGCGGACGAUGCCUCUUCUGCCGAUGCUGAUACUGCCGAUGCUGACGUGGGUAGCGACCCAAUGCGUAACUUGGACACUGCCGAGCCUGACCAAGCCAGCUCCGCUCCGGCUGACCACCUUGCCGACCCUGUUGGCUUUUCGGUUGGAUCUGAUGACGCCCCGGCGGACGAUGCCUCUUCUGCCGAUGCUGAUCCUGCCGAUGCUGACGUGGGUAGCGACCCAAUGCGUAACUUGGACACUGCCGAGCCUGACCAAGCCAGCUCCGCUCCGGCUGACCACCUUGCCGACCCUGUUGGCUUUUCGGUCGGAUCUGAUGACGCCCCGGCGGACGAUGCCUCUUCUGCCGAUGCUGAUCCUGCCGAUGCUGACGUGGGUAGCGACCCAAUGCGUAACUUGGACACUGCCGAGCCUGACCAAGCCAGCUCCGCUCCGGCUGACCACCUUGCCGACCCUGUUGGCUUUUCGGUCGGAUCUGAUGACGCCCCGGCGGACGAUGCCUCUUCUGCCGAUGCUGAUACUGCCGAUGCUGACAUGGGUAGCGACCCAAUGCGUAACUUGGACACUGCCGAGCCUGACCAAGCCAGCUCCGCUCCGGCUGACCACCUUGCCGACCCUGUUGGCUGUUCGGUCGGAUCUGAUGACGCCCCGGCGGACGAUGCCUCUUCUGCCGAUGCUGAUCCUGCCGAUGCUGACGUGGGUAGCGACCCAAUGCGUAACUUGGACACUGCCGAGCCUGACCAAGCCAGCUCCGCUCCGGCUGACCACCUUGCCGACCCUGUUGGCUUUUCGGUCGGAUCUGAUGACGCCCCGGCGGACGAUGCCUCUUCUGCCGAUGCUGAUCCUGCCGAUGCUGACGUGGGUAGCAACCCAAUGCGUAACUUGGACACUGCCGAGCCUGACCAAGCCAGCUCCGCUCCGGCUGACUACCUUGCCGACCCUGUUGGCUUUUCGGUCGGAUCCGAUGACGCCCCGGCGGACGAUGCCUCUUCUGCCGAUGCUGAUCCUGCCGAUGCUGACGUGGGUAGCGACCCAAUGCGUAACUUGGACACUGCCGAGCCUGACCAAUCCAGCUCCGCUCCGGCUGACCACCUUGCCGACCCUGUUGGCUUUUCGGUCGGAUCUGAUGACGCCCCGGCGGACGAUGCCUCUUCUGCCGAUGCUGAUCCUGCCGAUGCUGACGUGGGUAGCGACCCAAUGCGUAACUUGGACACUGCCGAGCCUGACCAAGCCAGCUCCGCUCCGGCUGACCACCUUGCCGACCCUGUUGGCUUUUCGGUCGGAUCUGAUGACACCCCGGCGGACGAUGCCUCUUCUGCCGAUGCUGAUCCUGCCGAUGCUGACGUGGGUAGCGACCCAAUGCGUAACUUGGACACUGCCGAGCCUGACCAAGCCAGCUCUGCUCCGGCUGACCACCUUGCCGACCCUGUUGGCUUUUCGGUCGGAUCUGAUGACACCCCGGCGGACGAUGCCUCUUCUGCCGAUGCUGAUCCUGCCGAUGCUGACGUGAAUAGCGACCCAAUGCGUAACUUGGACACUGCCGAGCCUGACCAAGCCAGCUCCGCUCCGGCAGACCACCUUGCCGACCCUGUUGGCUUUUCGGUCGGAUCUGAUGACGCCCCGGCGGACGAUGCCUCUUCUGCCGAUGCUGAUCCUGCCGAUGCUGACGUGGGUAGCGACCCAAUGCGUAACUUGGACACUGCCGAGCCUGACCAAGCCACCUCUGCUCCGGCUGACCACCUUGCCGACCCUGUUGGCUUUUCGGUCGGAUCUGAUGACACCCCGGCGGACGAUGCCUCUUCUGCCGAUGCUGAUCCUGCCGAUGCUGACGUGAAUAGCGACCCAAUGCGUAACUUGGACACUGCCGAGCCUGACCAAGCCAGCUCCGCUCCGGCAGACCACCUUGCCGACCCUGUUGGCUUUUCGGUCGGAUCUGAUGACGCCCCGGCGGACGAUGCCUCUUCUGCCGAUGCUGAUCCUGCCGAUGCUGACGUGGGUAGCGACCCAAUGCGUAACUUGGACACUGCCGAGCCUGACCAAGCCAGCUCCGCUCCGGCUGACCACCUUGCCGACCCUGUUGGCUGUUCGGUCGGAUCUGAUGACGCCCCGGCGGACGAUGCCUCUUCUGCCGAUGCUGAUCCUGCCGAUGCUGACGUGGGUAGCGACCCAAUGCGUAACUUGGACACUGCCGAGCCUGACCAAGCCAGCCCCGCUCCAGCUGACCACCUUGCCGACCCUGUUGGCUUUUCGGUCGGAUCUGAUGACACCCCGGCGGACGAUGCCUCUUCUGCCGAUGCUGAUCCUGCCGAUGCUGACGUGAAUAGCGACCCAAUGCGUAACUUGGACACUGCCGAGCCUGACCAAGCCAGCUCCGCUCCGGCAGACCACCUUGCCGACCCUGUUGGCUUUUCGGUCGGAUCUGAUGACGCCCCGGCGGACGAUGCCUCUUCUGCCGAUGCUGAUCCUGCCGAUGCUGACGUGGGUAGCGACCCAAUGCGUAACUUGGACACUGCCGAGCCUGACCAAGCCAGCUCCGCUCCGGCUGACCACCUUGCCGACCCUGUUGGCUGUUCGGUCGGAUCUGAUGACGCCCCGGCGGACGAUGCCUCUUCUGCCGAUGCUGAUCCUGCCGAUGCUGACGUGGGUAGCGACCCAAUGCGUAACUUGGACACUGCCGAGCCUGACCAAGCCAGCUCCGCUCCGGCUGACCACCUUGCCGACCCUGUUGGCUUUUCGGUCGGAUCUGAUGACGCCCCGGCGGACGAUGCCUCUUCUGCCGAUGCUGAUACUGCCGAUGCUGAUGUGGGUAGCGACCCAAUGCGUAACUUGGACACUGCCGAGCCUGACCAAGCCAGCUCCGCUCCGGCUGACCACCUUGCCGACCCUGUUGGCUGUUCGGACACUGCCGAGCCUGACCAAGCCAGCUCCGCUCCGGCUGACCACCUUGCCGACCCUGUUGGCUUUUCGGUCGGAUCUGAUGACGCCCCGGCGGACGAUGCCUCUUCUGCCGAUGCUGAUCCUGCCGAUGCUGACGUGGGUAGCGACCCAAUGCGUAACUUGGACACUGCCGAGCCUGACCAAGCCAGCUCCGCUCCGGCUGACCACCUUGCCGACCCUGUUGGCUUUUCGGUCGGAUCUGAUGACGCCCCGGCGGACGAUGCCUCUUCUGCCGAUGCUGAUCCUGCCGAUGCUGACGUGGGUAGCGACCCAAUGCGUAACUUGGACACUGCCGAGCCUGACCAAGCCAGCUCCGCUCCGGCUGACCACCUUGCCGACCCUGUUGGCUUUUCGGUCGGAUCUAAUAACGCCCCGGCGGACGAUGCCUCUUCUGCCGAUGCUGAUCCUGCCGAUGCUGACGUGGGUAGCGACCCAAUGCGUAACUUGGACACUGUCGAGCCUGACCAAGCCAGCUCCGCUCCGGCUGACCACCUUGCCGACCCUGUUGGCUUUUCGGUCGGAUCUGAUGACACCCCGGCGGACGAUGACUCUUCUGCCGAUGCUGAUCCUGCCGAUGCUGACGUGGGUAGCGACCCAAUGCGUAACUUGGACACUGCCGAGCCUGACCAAGCCAGCUCCGCUCCGGCUGACCACCUUGCCGACCCUGUUGGCUUUUCGGUCGGAUCUAAUAACGCCCCGGCGGACGAUGCCUCUUCUGCCGAUGCUGAUCCUGCCGAUGCUGACGUGGGUAGCGACCCAAUGCGUAACUUGGACACUGCCGAGCCUGACCAAGCCAGCUCUGCUCCGGCUGACCACCUUGCCGACCCUGUUGGCUUUUCGGUCGGAUCUGAUGACACCCCGGCGGACGAUGCCUCUUCUGCCGAUGCUGAUCCUGCCGAUGCUGACGUGGGUAGCGACCCAAUGCGUAACUUGGACACUGCCGAGCCUGACCAAGCCAGCUCCGCUCCGGCUGACCACCUUGCCGACCCUGUUGGCUUUUCGGUCGGAUCUGAUGACGCCCCGGCGGACGAUGCCUCUUCUGCCGAUGCUGAUACUGCCGAUGCUGACGUUGGUAGCGACCCAAUGCGUAACUUGGACACUGCCGAGCCUGACCAAGCCAGCUCCGCUCCGGCUGACCACCUUGCCGACCCUGUUGGCUGUUCGGUCGGAUCUGAUGACGCCCCGGCGGACGAUGCCUCUUCUGCCGAUGCUGAUCCUGCCGAUGCUGACGUGGGUAGCGACCCAAUGCGCAACUUGGACACUGCCGAGCCUGACCAAGCCAGCUCCGCUCCGGCUGACCACCUUGCCGACCCUGUUGGCUUUUCGGUCGGAUCUGAUGACGCCCCGGCGGACGAUGCUGAUCCUGCCGAUGCUGACGUGGGUAGUGACCAAGCGCAUGACGUGGACACGACCGAGGUUGACCAGUUAGCUAAGGAGUGUGAAGACUUACGGCGAGCGGUAGUGGAAAAAGAGCAGCGUGCUACUUUACUGCGGAUCGGUUUCGAUGCGCUUGCUCGCAGCUUUGCGCAACGUGGGCGGGAGCUUGACCAAUUGAAAACAGAGCGCGCUUUAAGCUACCAAGAGCUUCACCGUUUGCGCUCCUCCCAAGCUGCUCAUAUCGAGGAACUAGUACUAUUGCGAGCCGAACGGGAUCUGCUUUCUCGCGACCGCUAG